GUGAAUGCCUUAAUUAAACAAUUCUACCGACCGGGAUACGCUUAAGGAUCUCCUUCACAUUCCCCCCAGGUUUAUUUGUGUUAACCAAAAAGACAUUGGCCAAGGAACAAGAAUAAAGUGAGAGGAUCCGGCGAUGGACGGAACAAUAACCGAAACACAAAACCUACAAUCUAAACCUGCGUCAUCUGUUCUCCGCACCUCGCCACGAACUGGUUCCCGAAACGCAAUACUUUCUCCGCUACCAACACUAUCUAUUACCACAACUUCAACAGUGAGCGUGUCAUCAACAGUUGAAUCCUUACAGAGGGUGGUAAUAGACAGAAAACCUGAUACAGUACAAACUAAUACUACAAGCCUUACAUCGAGAAAUAAGCGAAAAAAUUUCAAUCCUCGUUGCUCAUCUAUCAACGAUGAUGACAUUACAGUAGAUCGUGGUCACAACAAAGAUACUUAUCCUGGGGAGACUGUAGAUCGCCAACCAGAGAUGCUGCCAUCUUUACUUUCAGCAAAUAGUACAACGAUUACUUCCCGUAGUUAUAAUAGCCAUGAUAAUAGUUUUAGUGAAAUCGAUUUGGAGAACAGUGGCGGAGUAGACAAUGGAACCAGCACCAUCAAUAGUAGCGGCAAUAGUGCCAGUGGUAGUACAAAUUCAAUAACCACAACCAUGUUGAAAAGUUGGCAUAAUCUGGUCGAUCUUCACCAGUAUCGUCGAUAUAAAGGUUCAGUGAUGAAACCUCAUCAUUCCAGAAGUAAUAAGGCGAAUAGCAAUGAUUUUCAUAAUAUUCCGCGUGUUAAUAAGACAAAUCAACAAAGUGAUGAUAGCUUUACUGAUGGCGAUCAUCAAAUAACAAGGAUGACAACAGCAACGACCUCAGUGGCAACAUCAACCCCAACACUGGAACGACAGUUAAAGAAUGAAUUUGCCUGCAAUGCUUUCAAUGCGGUGCAGGAACUACUCAAUGUCUAUGGCUUAUCUAUAUCGCCAGGUGAUAUAGUUGAUGCAUUCAAGAAACAACAACAACAACAGCUACAGCAACAACAAAAACAUUCAUUAGCAAAAACUGGAGGAGAAUGUCCCCAGCCACCCACACCCCCUCGUACACCAAUCUCAUCACUAUCAACAUCAUCAACGAUAACAUCGAGCGCAGCUGCAAGCAACUCGGAGCACAGUUCAAAGGACAAGGAUCAUCAUCAUCAACAACAAAAUCAUGCAGAACAUCAACAAUCAACACCAGAAAAAAGUGGCGAUCACCACGAGAGAGCCUCCUCCGACCAUAAUCCCUUUAACGCAUUAGCCUCAAUUGCAAAAUUAUUAACACCAUCCGCAAUCUCAUCAGCAACAGCAGCUAUCACACCAACAUCUCACCAACAAAGUGUUGAUAAAAAAUCACCAACAGGCGAAAGUACCAGUAAUAAUAAUUUCCACUUAGAAGUUGAUUAUUUAAAUGAUAAUUGUGUUGGUGAUGAUACCAGAACAAUCGGUGAUGAUGAUGAUUACGAUGUUGGUGAAAUGAAAACACAACAAAACCUUAGCGACAAUAAUUUCAGUGAACGUUUUGAUGAGUCCUCAUCGAUGAAUCUGUAUGAUAUCAACCAUUGUGACAACGAUUCAAAUAUUUCAUCAACAAUUAUCGAUGACGAUCGUGCUAGUAGUGAUGAUAUUACAAUGGGUGGUGAUAAUGUGGCUAUUGGGGAUAAUCGUGGAUAUGGUGAAGGUAGUACAACAGGUGCUGAUGAUGAGGGUGAUGUCGCUGAUUGUGAAACACGAGCGGGUCUUAAAUGUGCUGAUAGUGAUAUGGAAGGAAGUCGAUUUCCAAUGAAAAAUGUUGAUAAUCUUUUAGAUAAAUGUCCUUUGAAUAUCUUUUCACCGAUAUUACAGUUGGGACACAUGCAAAACGAUGAUAAACAACUGCACGCUGAAGGAUUAAAAUGCUUAACGAAGUACUCAUCAUAUCUUCAAUGCAAAACGGAUGCAUGUCAGUUAGAAAAUUUACGGGAGCAUUAUCAUUGCUAUGAUAUACCCUGCCUUGGAAAAACAUUCAAUAAAAAAGAAGAAAUCAUACGCCAUUUGAAAUGGCAUAAAAAACGUGCUGAAAGUUUAAAUCAUGGUUUUCUGCGAUUCUCCUCAUCGGACGAUUGCAGUCUGGCGUUUGGUAGUAAUUGUACGCAUAAUCGCAAGCAAACCCAUUACCAUUGCUUUCAGCCAAAUUGUGAUAAAGUUUAUAUAAGUACAAGUGAUGUUCAAAUGCAUUCCAAUUAUCAUCGAAAGGAUUCGGCUAUUUAUCAAGAAGGCUUUCAGCGAUAUCGGGCAACAGAAGAAUGUAAUGCCGAAUAUUGCAUGUUUGCUGGCCAACGGACAACACACUUCCAUUGUCGACGAGAUAAUUGUCGUUAUACAUUCAAAAACAAAGCUGACAUGGAGAAACACAAAUCAUAUCACAUUAAAGACUUGCAGCUAGCACGAGACGGUUUUAAAAAAUUCCUAAAAACCGAACCGUGUCCUUAUGAACGUUGCAGAUUUUCACGAAUAUGCAAUCAUAUUCAUUGCGUUCGUGAAAAUUGCCACUAUGUAUUGCACUCAAGUGGUCAGCUAUUAAGUCACAAAAGGAAGCACGAACGUAUGGAUUCGGAACAAGCUUAUCGUCGUUUCAAAAUUGCUCAGAAAGCAGCUGCGGCAGCUGCAAAUAUGUUAACCUCUUCUGCACCCUCUCCUAGUGGAAGUGGAAGCAACAGUACAUCAAUGUUGGCAAAUACGGCAGUUUGCGGUCCAAUCAGCGGCGGAACUGAAUCGAAACCAUCAACACCAUCCACGUCUUCGUCAAUCGCAAUUUCACCUGAUCUUCAAAUACCACCGGAUUUGACCGUGUCCUUUGCAGCCACAAAGGGAUUGAAGCCGGAUACUACAUUGUUAGCACCCGGACUUACACCGUCCUCCCAUCAAAUUAGUCAACCAUCCCAACUUGAUAUGAAUCUCCUCUAUACUAACACCGGGCUUUCACUCGACAUCCUGCAACAAAUCCAGCAAAGACAUCAGAAACUUUUCAACGCUCCUGCCGCAGACGAUCCGAACUUUUGCUCUAAUACGUCUGGAAAACCACCGCCGCCUACAGCCACCGCGAUAUCUCACCCUCCCUCCUUUAUUCUGCCUUCCUCUUUGCUUCUACACAGCCUGAGUCGAAGUGCAGUGGAUGAGAUUGAAGAUUUAAUACGACAAUAUUUUACGACCAAUUGCACGCGACAGCACAUAAUUGAUCAGAUUGAGCCUCUGAAUCUAAAAAGUUCUGCUUCCUCCAGUGACCAGCUUCCACGUAUUGGUAGCAGUGCUGGCAGCAACUCGGAAAGGAUCGAGUGCCUUUCAACCACUACUGAACCGCAUCUGCAUUGCUUGUUCAAAAAUUGUGAAGCUAUUAUACCCCGGAAUCUGGUCGAUAUAUCUGAACAUAUGCAAAUUCAUGAGCUGAGCCGGAAUGCCGACAACAUUAUUCAGAAUUCGAAUUUGUUGCAAAUCACUUCAAUUGAAGGUUUCUUCAAUCGUAAGCGAGGUCGACCGCCGAAAAAUCGCGUUGUUGAAGUCUACAAUAAUGCACGAAACCAAUCACCGCAAGCGAUCUUCACAAGUUUCAAACUCGAGAAAACUCUAAAUGACCCCCAAGUCCUUUCGCCACCCCUGGCAAGCAUGAAUACGAACCAGCCGAGAUCACUUUUCGGCCCCGCAACAUCCAGCACAAGUACUAUUACUAGCUUCGACACAAACCAAGCUUCAUCGAAUAUCAGCACCAAUGUGAAUACAAUUAACCUUUCCGCACACCAGGCUGAAGGUCGAAUACAAGCUUUUCACAGUGACGCUCAGAAGUGUGAGGACACCAAUUGCCAAUUUGUGCGACAAUUCCACUUCCAUUGCAAAUUUAGCGAAAAGUGUGAUUUUGCGACUAAAGAUCCGUUCGCGUUGGAGCUACAUUUAAACGAAUCUCAUAAAGUCGGUCGGCAUGAGGAUGAUAGUAGUGAGCAAACAUCGCAUCGCCCAUUAAAGUGCUGGGAAUUUUAUGAAACAUCAACAAAUUGUCAGUUCAACGGUUGCGAUUUCAAUCAAAGAAAUAAUCAUUUUCAUUGCACAAAAUGUAACUUUGUGACUACUGUACAAUCAGAGAUCGAAAGGCAUUCGUCACUCUCUGAUUGUAUGGACGAGAAAACUAAUUUGGACAAUGCAUAUCAGAAUAGAUCUGCAUCAUCAUCUGGCAGAAACGUACUAAAUAAUUUACUUAAUUAUAACAGUAAGGAAGAAGCUAAUAGUAAGAGUUUGUCCCGAACAACUCCGGAAAGUUCCGAAGCCAGUGUAAAAUUGAAAUUUCCAAACCCUGAGAGUGUAGGAUCAGGGCACAGUAUGGAUGACAAUUUCAAUACUGAAUUGGGUACAAACAAUUCUAUUAAAACAGAACCUAUGCAAACUGAAGAUGAGAAAGUUUCAGUGGUCCGAGCGGCCGGCACGUACUUUCCACAAAACAGCAACAAUUCAAAUGAUAUUGAAGCGGGAAACGCCCUCCAUCGUUCAGAGCAGACAUCCCCGUCAUCGGAAUGUAACUCCUCGUUGAUGUGCCCCCGCCCAUUCUGCAGACUAAAGAGAAAAUCCCAUCAGCAUUGUAAUCUAUGCAGUCAGGCUUUUUCAGAUAGCGUAAAACUAGAAAUCCACCGAUUAAAACACUCAACUUUCUGUCUCACCGGACAAGAAGAAGAAACGGAAAGGGGAACAACCUUGAUAAAAGACGAACCAAAUGCUGAAGACAAUUCCAGCCCUCAGGAUCUCACGAAAACCCAGCAGCAAGCAUCAUCAUCGCCAACAUCAUCCCCGCUUGUUAAUUUCUCAAACGCCGCAGCAGCAAUGGCAGCGGCAAUGACCCCUUCUGCAGCCGGAUUACAACAGAUUGUUCCGCCCAAUUUUGUGGACAACUUCUCCCUGCAGAAUUUACACAUGGCUCAAUUUGCCCUCUAUCAGCACAACCCCUUCUACUAUCAAAACUUCUACCCAUUUUUGGGUUCGCAGAACCUUCCAGCUGCAUUUGCUGCGCAUCCAGAACUCCUCCAAGCCCAGCUAGCGGCAGUUGCAGCGGCUGCAAGUGGAGGCUGCGACAGACCUAAAGAAUCAUCAUCCCCUGAAAAAUCAACCGAUCGUUGUAAUGUGUCAGGCCAAGUGUAUCCUUUCGCGACUGUUGCGGCGGCAGCAGGCAACCCAACCCAGUCAAGCAUUGGACCUUCCAUUGCCAGUGGCCAAGCUUUCGAAAUGCCCAAACUCUCCCAGGAUCUUUUCGUAAAUUCAGGACGGCGCAAACGCAAGGCGGACGAUUUCGAUGGAGCAGUGCAUGGACUUAUGGAAAUGGGUAUACCGUCAGCUUCGGCGCUUGUAACGGUCGCUGGCAACGCAAAAAAGAUGUUUAAGACCAACAAGCAGGCGAACUUUAAAAUGUUCAAAGAUGAGCCUAUCCCGCAAGGUUACUUGAAAUUUCGUUUCAAUGAAGAUUGUAACUUUCCAAAUUGCGGUUACCGGAAUCAUCAAUCGCACUUUCAUUGUUGCCGGAAAGAUUGUUACUACAGUUUUUGUGAUAAGACACGUUUUGUUCAGCACACUGCACGGCAUGAACGGUUGGACAAGCUAAUGGGGGAUGAUUUUAAGCAGUUUCGAGCGAAUAUGCGUUGCGGCUACGGAGAUUGUGCGUACAAUAAGAAUUUAGCUGGACAAAACAACAAAUCAUCACAUUUCCACUGUUUAAAAUGCAACUUCAUUUGCUCAGACACUAACAAGGUGGUGGCUCACCGACGGCAGCAUAGCAAAAUGGAAUUUAUUCGAAUGGCUGGUUUUCGUAAAGUAGCCAACAAUGAAAAAUGCACAGCUCGCUCGAAUUUAUCAACAUCGACCACAGCAACAUCCAGCAGUGAACAGAUGACUGAAAUCAGCUCCUCUACCGAAACACCAGGCACUGGUGGUGAUAUUUCUUCGGGUGGCGCAAAUACAGGCAAUGAAUGUACAUAUAGUUUAAAACAAACACAUUAUCACUGCCUGAUAUGCGAUUGUAGUGUAUUAUCACGUGCACAGUUAGGUUCUCAUCGGCAUCGUGUACCAUAAUUUCAAAGAAUAUAAUAUUAGCAAGUCAAAUUGAUUCCUAAAGAGACGAAUAAUAGAAACAGUGUCGAAAAAAUGGUUGAAGAGCUUUCGAUGUAGCGAGGCCGUCGGUUCAUAUCAUAUCAUGUUGUUCCCAACAUGUAUCGAGCUGAAAACGCAAGGACCCGGGAAACAAUUGGAAAUUAAGAUAUUAAAAAUAUGAAAAAUCUACUAAAGGAAACGAUUUCCAAAUCUCUUUAAAAAUUGUAGAUAAUAGCCAAAAAUCUAGUUUUGAUAAUAAUAUAAAUCAUUUCCAAGAGAAAUAUACGUUUAGCACUGAUUUACGAGUCAACAACUGACCCUAACUCAUAUUUCAGUUUUGUAAUUAUUUAUUGUACUCUUUAUUUUUUCUCAUUCUCUCUCUUUGAAGCUUCUGUAAUAUUCCGUUCUUGAGUUUGAAACUUUAUGAAAAAGUUUGUAAGACAAAUUGUAUAUUAAAUAUAAGAAACUGUCACAACUAAGUUAUUGUUAAAAUCUAAUUUAGUUAUUCCAAGAAGAAAAUUUUAUAUCUGAAAUAUAAAAUAUAGAAAUUA